AUGCCUAAAAAACGAAAAUCAAACUUGAGUUCAUCAUCAGCCAAAGCAAGAAGCAACAAACUUCUUCGCCUAUCUGAAACUCAAUGUGAACGAGACGAGAGACUGAAAAUUCAGAAAGAAAGGAAAAGUAAUUUACGAGCUAAUGAAACACCAGAACAAUCUGAAAUUCGCCUUGCUUCUGAUAGAAUGCAACAUGCUAAUAAGAGGAAAGUCGAAUCAGAGAUAGCUUAUGAAAGAAGAUUGGCGGAUGAUCGUGCACGCCACCUUAUUACAUAUCAUAAUGCAUCUGAUGAACGACGUAUCCACCGAUUAUCACGUGAUCGUCAACAGCACACUAUUGCACGCAAUAACGAAUCAGAUGAACAUCGUAAUCAGAGAUUGACUCACGAUCGUGAACACCAUACUUUAUCUCGCUCACAGGAAUCUAUAUUUGAUCGUGAAACUCGCCUAAUGAUCGACCGAGAACAUCACGCUCUUCAGCGACGAUCAGAAUCUGCAUUCAAACGCGAUGAAAGUAGAGCUGCAGCUAGAAAUAGAUACUACAGGUUAAAGAAGAAAAAAGAAGCAAAUUUAAUGAUGGAAAACGAAAGAAUUUCGGCUCUUCGGGAAUCAGAUUUUAACGACAGACGAACAGAAAGAUUGUCUUUGGAUCGCCAAUGGCAUACCGUCCAUAGACAGUUAGAAUCUGAUUCAGAACAUCAGCAACGAUUAAAUGCUGAUAAGAAUAGACAAACUCAGAGACGAAAUAUCCGUUGGCAAUCAAAAUUGAAUAGUGGUUUCUCCUACGAUCCGUCUAUUAAUUACAAACAGGAAUCUGAUGUUGGUCCAAUGACUAAGGUUUGUAAUUACUGUAAUGCAUUAAAGUGGGUCGGUGAAUCUGUUGGAUUAUGCUGUUCAUCAGGUAAAAUUCGAUUAACACCUUUACUUGAACCUCCCGAACCUUUAAAAUCUCUGCUGGAUGGAAAACACGUUCAAUCAAAAUCAUUUUUGAACGCUGUAAGGUCUUACAACAAUGCUUUUCAGAUGACUUCAUUCGGUGCAAAUAUUGUAUCUGAGGGAAACUUUAUGCCGACUUUUAAAAUCCAGGGACAAGUAUACCAUUUAAUUGGUUCAUUGUUUCCUGAAAGUGAUCAACCUUCAAAAUUUUUACAGAUAUAUUUUAUAGCUGAUUAUAAUGAGCAAAUUAAUCUUCGAAUGUCCUAUAAUAAUAAUUUAAAUAAAAAUCUCAUAACAGACCUACAAAAUAUGCUCCUUCAAAUAAAUCCUUAUGUGCAUGACUUUAAAUCGGCUUUAGAAUCUAUUCCACUCGAAAACAAAGAUAAUUAUCAAUUAGUAAUCAAUGCAGACCGUAAACCAAUUUCCGAUCAUAAAGGCCGGUAUAAUAAGCCUUCUACAAAUGAAGUAGCUGUAGUGUUAGUUGAUCAAGAGUGUCAAAAGAGAGAUAUUGUUCUAUCUUUGCGUACAGGAGAUCUUCAAAGAAUAAGUGAGACUCACCGGUCGUAUGAUGCCCUUCAAUAUCCACUUAUAUUUUGUCGUGGAGAAGACGGCUAUAAUUUUAAUAUAUUUCAUUCUGGACAACAAGCAGAAGACAUGAAUAAAAAAAUUUCAGCUUUACAAUUUUACUGCUACAGACUUAUGAUGAGAUCUAAUGAGUUUAAUAAUUUACACCGUUAUCGUCAAAUUUCAAAUCAAUUUUGGGUUGAUAUGUAUGCGAAAAUUGAAACCGAGCGAUUGUCAUUUAUAAGAAAUAGUCAAAAACAACUUAGAGCCGAAAACUAUAUUCACUUACAAGAUGCUUUGCGCGUUGAAAAGUGGCAGAAACGAGGUCUUCCUCAUGCUCAUAUUCUCUUAUGGCUUGAAGAUAAAGUAACACCUAAUAGAAUAGAUAGUAUUAUAAAAGCAGAAUUUCCUAAUCCUCAGGAGGAUUUAGAUUUAUAUAAUAUUAUCAAAAAACAUAUGAUUCAUGGACCAUGUGGAAUAAUUAAUUCAAAAUCUCCGUGUAUGAAAGACAAUCGUUGUAGUAAACGAUUUCCGAAAGCAUUUGUAAAUGAAACGAUAACUGGAGAGGAUGGCUAUCCAUCUUACCGGCGGAGAUCAACGGAAGCGGGAGGAUUUGUCGCUCAAGUUAAGGUAAAUGGAAAUAAUAUAGAAGUAGAUAAUCGUUGGAUCGUCCCUUAUUCACCAGUAUUAUCCCGAACUUUUGAAACACAUUUAAAUGUCGAGUAUUGUAGCAGUGUGCAAUCUAUAAAAUACAUUUGUAAAUAUGUGAAUAAAGGAAGUGAUCAAGCAACGUUUGGACUUAAAAAUGAAAACGAUGAGAUAACGAAAUACCAAUCUGGGAGAUACAUUAGUACCUCAGAAGCAACUUGGCGUAUAAUGUCUUUCCCAAUACAUGAGAGAUUUCCUCCCGUGGUUCACUUGGAUGUUCAUUUAGAAAAUGGACAGCGAGUAUAUUUCAACACAGAAAAUGUUAUUGAUCAAAUUACUAAUCCCAAAAACACAACAUUAUUGGCCUAUUUUCAAUUAUGCCGAGAGGAAAUUUUCGCAAAGACACUUUUAUAUGACGAAGUACCUGCAUAUUAUAUAUUUGAUAAACAAUCUAAAGUAUUCAAGAGGAGGAAAAGAGGAAAUCCUGUUGAAGGUUAUCCUGGUAUUUUUAAAGAACACGUUAUUGGAAGAGUAUACACAAUUCAUCCUGGUAAUACAGAGUGUUAUUUCUUACGUCUAUUACUUCACACCGUUAGAGGCCCAACAUCUUUUAAAGAUAUAAGAACAGUUAAUGGUGUGGUAUAUCAAUCAUAUCAAGCAGCUUGCAAAGCUCUUGAUCUUAUUGAAGAUGACUCCCAUUGGGAUGAAACUUUAAAAGAAGCGUGUGUUACCGAUAUACGGGAAUUAAAACAAGAAGAGCUUGAGAAUCGUUGUCUCAUAGACUUAGAAAAUACAAUUAUUUCUAUCGGGGGAAAACCUUUAGAUCAAUAUGGAAUGCCGAUACCGAAUAUUAAUGAUAAUUUUCAGAUAAACAGAGAAUAUCUAGCUGAAACAAUUAGAGGUAGUGGUAAAAUUGCGCUUGCAGUAGCAUCUUCAGGUAUCUCAGCAACCCUUUUACCUGGUGGUAAAACGGCCCAUUCCAUGUUCAAAAUACCGAUAGACAUUGACAGAUAUGAAUCACCAGUUUGUAAUAUCUCUAGGAAUAGUGAUAAAGCAAAAGUGAUGAGAGAUGCAUGCUUAAUAGUCUGGGAUGAAUGCACGAUGGCCAACAAGAAAGCAAUAGAAGCUGUUGACAGAACACUACAAGACUUACGAAACAAUACAAAAAGAAUGGGGGGCAUAACUUUUUUAUUUUCCGGUGAUUUUCGUCAGACUUUACCGGUAAUUACUAGAGGUACAAGAGCUGAUGAAGUGAAUGCAUCUCUUAAACGAUCUUAUCUAUGGAAUAAUAUUAAAAAACUAUCACUAACUGUAAACAUGCGAGUCCAUCAAGGAGGUGAUCCAAUUUCUCAAAAAUUUUCUAAUUUAUUGUUGGAUGUAGGGGGUGGAAAUAUAAACGAUGAAAAUGGAGAAGUAUCUCUGCCUGAUGAAUUAUGUUCAAUAGUACCAUCUAUAGAAGAUUUGAUAGAAAAAGUAUAUCCAGGUAUAAGAGAUAUUAAAAAUAAAGAGGACUCGUGGUUAUCAGAGAGAGCUAUUUUAUGUCCUAAAAAUGAAAUGGUAGUCCACGUUAUGAAAAUAUAA